AUGGAUCACAGCUUUCCGUCGCAUUUGGUGUGUGCGGCUGUGUCGGCGCUUGACGGUGGAAUUGGCGCUGGCCUGUCAGCACUCGGUGCCAGCUCGACACUACCAGAUCUUGGUGGCAACACACGAAUCGAAGUGGAUAAAACAGAAGACAUGGAGGACGAAAGGGACGAUAACAACAGUGCCAUCUCACCGACCACCUCGACGAAAACGCACAAACCUCGUCGUCAAAGGACUCAUUUCACAAGCCAUCAAGUUUGGUUCAAGAAUCGCCGAGCAAAAUGGCGUAAGCGUGAACGAAAUUACGUGGACUCGAAAGGACUCAGCACUACACUGGGCUCAUCAAUGAGCGCUAUUGGUGGACUACAAACAGGGCUUGGCCUUGGCACUCUUCAAAACGGCUUCUCGCAAUCACUCCUGCACACUCCCGGACAG